UACCAACUACCGGAAGAGAGAGAUUUUAUAGUUUGGAAGAAACGGAAAUGGGGUGGGCAAUUGCUAUUCAUGGAGGCGCCGGAGACAUCCCACUCUCUUUGCCCCCAGAGAAACGCCUCCCUCGUGAAGCUGGGCUCCGCCGCUGCCUUGACUUGGGAUCUGCCGCCCUCAAAGCCCGUAACCACCCCUUGGACGUUGUUGAACUAGUGGUACGGGAACUGGAAAACCAUCCGCAUUUCAAUGCGGGAAAGGGGUCUGUCCUGACCACCGCAGGUACCGUUGAGAUGGAAGCGUGCAUAAUGGAUGGCAAAACAAUGAAAUGUGGAGCUGUCUCAGGUGUCAGCACUGUUGUUAAUGCUAUAUCCCUUGCUCGGUUAGUCAUGGAGAAGACUCCUCAUAUUUAUCUGGCAUUUGAUGGUUCUGAGGCCUUUGCAAGGGAACAAGGUCUUGAGACUGUUGAGAUGAGCCAUUUUAUAACUCCUGAAAACAUUGAAAGGCUUAAGCAGGCACAAGAAGCUGACAGAGUUCAGAUUGAUUACACUCAACCAAUUCAAAAGGAGGUGCCAAAAGACGGUGCAGUUGCUGAUGGUGAUAGCCAAAUUGGCACUGUUGGAUGUGUGGCUGUUGACAAUGAAGGGAAUUUGGCUACUGCAACAUCAACUGGUGGACUAGUGAACAAAAUGGUUGGUAGGAUAGGGGACACACCAGUUAUCGGUGCAGGGACUUAUGCGAAUCAUCUAUGUGCAGUUUCUGCUACAGGGAGAGGAGAAGCGAUAAUCCGUGGUACUGUCGCGAGGGAUGUUGCUGCUGUUAUGGAGUUCAAAGGCAUUCCCCUCAAGGAAGCUGCUGCAUACGUUGUAGACCGAGUUCCGGCAGGAACUACUGGGUUAAUUGCCGUGUCUUCCACCGGAGAAGUUGCCAUGCCCUUCAACACCACCGGCAUGUUUCGUGCCUGUGCCUCUGAAGAUGGAUAUUCAGAAAUUGCCAUAUGGGAUUCUCCAUCAAAGUAAGGCCUUGCUGAGUUUUUGGAUAUUUGCAUCCCUUUGCCUGGAAAAUUGUUCUGAAAACAUGACUAAAAGCAUUUGGAGGGAUGAAAUGUUA